AUGGAAUGCUCGACUGCUCAGUUAGCCAGGCUGCUACUUCCGGUUCACGACCUACCUUCAGACCUAGAUUCGGACGCAACCACUCCCUCACUCCUUCAGAAACCGUCUGACAUAUCCACCACCAUUGAGGACCUAGAUUCGGACGCAUCCGCUCCCUCACUCCUCAAGAAACCGUCAGACAUAUCCGCCUUCAUUGAAAAUGAGCAAGCAGUUGAUUUCAAGCAGAUACUCAAAGACCUCAUGAAACGGCAAGUGUUUCGUGUGAUCAAGGACUGCCCACUUGGUAUCGUGUUUAAGGACUUGCGCGUCGUUGGUGCAGGUUCUCGUACUUCGCUCCAACCCACUGUAAGCUCACCUUUCCAUCCCUCAACAGACAUCUUGUCCGGAUUCGAGGGUGUGGUCACUCCUGGCCAAAUGCUUUUGGUCCUUGGCCGUCCCGGUUCUGGAUGUUCAACCUUCCUCAAGACGCUUGCUAACCAACGUGGGGAGUACCAUGCUGUCGAGGGUGAAGUUUUUUAUGAUUCAUUCACCCCGAAGGAGAUUCAUGACUCCUUCCGUGGCGAUGUCACUUAUUGUCCGGAGGAUGAUGUCCACUUUCCAACCCUGACUGUCAACCAGACGCUCUCUUUCGCUGUUAGAAAUCGUACACCCGCAGCACGCUUUCUCGGCCAGACGCGCGAGGAAUACGUUGAGGAUACUACCACGAGGUUAAUGAAAGUCAUGGGCCUCUACCAUUUGACAAAUGCCUUGGUCGGUAAUGCUGAGGUGCAAGGUGUUUCCGGUGGUGAGAGAAAGCGAGUUUCUAUCGCAGAAACUUUAGGCUCUGCAGGCUCACUUUGUGUAUGGGAUAACUCCACCCGUGGACUAGACUCCUCGACUGCCCUUGAGUUUAUUCGCACAUUGCGUUGCGUCACAGAUAUUAGACGCACAACAACGAUCGUUUCUCUCUACCAGGCCAGCGAGCGAUUAUAUGAUUUAUUUGACAAGGUCUGUGUUAUUGCGGAAGGUAAGAUGGCCUAUUUUGGUUCGGCGAAGUUGGCCAAAGGUUAUUUCAUCGAUAUGGGCUUCGAACCUCAAAACAGGCAGACCACUCCCGAUUUCUUAGUAGCAGGUAGGACAUUACGGUUUUCUAGGAUUGUCUCGAAAAUCCGCCCUGGAUAUGAGAGCUUUGUCCCGCGGACGUCGGAGGACCUUGCUAGCCGUUUCAAAGUGUCCGACCUCAGUCGUCAGAAUCAAAAAACGAUUGAAAUGCGCUGCAAGCAAUUUAUUGGCAAUCGCAAACACAAGCAGACGUAUCUGUCUGGCGUAGCUGCUGAACGUGCCCCCAGAUCUACCGCGUACAUGACAUCUAUUCCCCAGCAAGUCAAAGCGGUCAUGAAGCGCCGCCUGCAAGUUAUUGUUGGUAAUAAGUUCGAGCUCUUUGUACAACUGGCUUCCCAGGUCUUCCAAGCGGUAAUUAUUGGCACCGUCUUCCUGAACGUGCCAAAGGACACCUCAGCCUAUUUCUCUCGUGGGGGCGUUCUGUUCUUCUCCCUGUUCUUCAGCGCUAUUACAUCCCUUGCAGAAGUCCCUGCGCUUUUCUCCCAGCGUCCAAUUGUACUUCGCCACCAGAAAGCCGCGUUAUAUUACCCCUUUAUCCAGAGCCUCGCGCAUACUGUCAUUGAUAUUCCGAUCACUUUGGUCAUUCAACUGGUUUUCUCUGUAAUACUUUACUUGCUGGUUGGGUUGCAACGUUCUGCCGCACAGUUUUUCAUAUUUUACCUUUUUAUUUUCUUAAUGUCACAAACCAUGAAGACAUUCUUCAGAACUAUUGCUGCAAGCUUCAAAACUUGUCAUAGUGCAAUAGCCGCUAGUGGUAUCUUCGUUCUUUUGAUAUCGUUCUAUGGUGGGUAUGCAAUCCCUUGGCCGACUGCUCCAAUGGGCUUGCGGUGGAUCAUGUGGCUGAAUCCUUUGUGGUGGGGGUUUGGUGCACUUGUUGUGAACGAGUUUCAUACGCUUGACGGAGUUUGCUCCACUCUCGUCCCUCAGGGUCCUGGCUACGAGAAUGUUUCGCUUGUAAACCAGGUCUGUACAACAGCUGGAUCGCAGCCCGGGCAGCUUCUCGUCGAUGGCAACAUCUAUGCUGGAUUGACGUUUGACUUUUGGUAUGGUCAUCUUUGGAGGAAUUUCAGUGUCAUUUGUGUCUUCUACCUCGUAUUCUUGGCCGCUCUCCUAAUCGCAACAGAAUACAAUAUGUCGUCUACUUUCGACAGCGCCGUCAUUCUCUUCAGGUCGAGCUCCAAUGUUAUCGAUGUGUAUGCCAAGGCACUUGACGAGGAGAAGGCAGAUGCAGAGUUUCGCUCUAGAAACCACUCCAAGGUAGCUGACCCAUCAACUUUCCACAACCUCGAGAAGAACACUGUGGAUACGAACCUCUUCACGUGGCAGCACCUGCAGUAUGAAGUCCCCAUUGAGGGUGGUAUGAAACGCCUUCUUGACGAUGUCACGGGCUUUGUUGUCCCUGGGAAACUCACUGCGUUAAUGGGCGAAUCUGGCGCUGGAAAGACUACACUUUUGAAUGUUCUUGCACAACGCGUUGCUGCUGGUGUAGUGGGUGGUGACCUGUUCGUCAACGGGCAGCCGCUUCCCAUAGACUUCCAGGCUCAAAUGCAAGCAACUGUUCGUGAAGCGCUCCUUUUCUCUGCAAAUCUUCGCCAACCCCAGUCAGUUCCUCUCACUGAAAAGAAAGCAUAUGUUGACAAGUGCCUUCAAAUGUGUGGUCUAGAGGAGUAUGCCGAUGCUAUUGUUGGUUCUCUUGGGGUUGAGCAUCGUAAACGUACCACCAUCGCAGUGGAGCUCGCUGCCAAGCCCAAACUGCUACUCUUUUUGGAUGAGCCCACGUCUGGUCUCGAAUCGCAAUCUGCCUGGGCUAUCGUGCAGUGCCUUCGUGAACUUGCUGACCAUGGUCAGGCCAUUCUCUGCACGAUCCACCAGCCUUCAGCAGAGCUCUUCCAGGUCUUUGACAGAUUGCUACUCCUCUGCAAGGGUGGACAGACUGUCUACUUUGGCGACAUUGGCGAGAACUCAUCAACCGUCCUCAAUUACUUGGAGCGUAAUGGUGCUCCACGCUGCGGCUCCGACGCCAACCCGGCGGAAUACAUACUUGAUGUGAUUGGUGCUGGAACAGCUGCGAUCUCCAUCACUGAUUGGUACGAUGUCUGGAAGCGUUCAUCAGAGGCGAUGCAACUUCAAGUUGAGAUCGAAAAGAUGCACGAACAUGGUCGUACUUGCCCACAACAGCCCAGCGUCCAGUAUUCCGUCUUUGCCACCUCAUGGUCGCACCAGUUCGUUGCCCUCACCCAACGGAACUUCCGAGCAUACUGGCGUGCUCCCGCGUAUAUACGCGCCAAGUUUGUGCUUAACAUCGCUGGUGGUCUCCUUGUGGGUUUUACAUUCUUCCAGGCAAAUGACUCUUUGCAGGGCACUCAAAACAAGUUGUUUUCAAUCUUCCUUGUCCUCGUGCUCAGCAUUUCCCUUGUCCAUCAGAUCAUGGCUGUCUACAUUGACAUUCGUACAGUGUACGAAAUCCGUGAACGUCAUAGUAGAAUGUAUCACUGGACCGCUCUCGUCGUAUCACAGCUUGUUGCUGAGCUUCCUUGGAACAUGACAAGUUCGGCGAUGUUCUUUUUCUGCUGUUACUGGACUAUCGGAUACCCCACGAACCGGGCAGGUUACACGUUCCUCAUGCUCUCUGUCGCCGUCCCAUUGUACUAUACGACGCUUGGACAUGGCAUCGCGUCCAUGGCACCAACCACUCCAGUUGCAUCCCUGUACUUCACAACUCUCAUUAUCUUUGUCUUGAUUUUUGACGGCGUAAUCCAGCCAUUCAUGGAGCUUAAAUGGUGGAAAUGGAUGUAUAGGGUCUCUCCUUUCACAUACAUCAUCGAGGGUCUCCUUGGUCAAGCUAUUGGCGGGGAAGCUAUUAGCUGCUCUUACACGGAACUAGUCUCCGUCAACCCACCGAAGGGUUUGACAUGCGACCAGUACAUGGGUCCCUUCAUGCAAUUCGCCGGCGGCUACCUCACGAACCCAGAAGCUGCAGAAGGCUGCCAGUACUGUCCCUAUACGACUACGGACCAGUACAUGUUCUCGAGGUUCAACAUCGCAUACAGUAAUCAUUGGCGCAAUCUGGGCAUCGUUUUCGGAUUCGUUGCAUUUAACAUUACCGCUGUUUUCUGGUUCACAUAUUUCAUGCGCAUUCGCACUGUCGGUGUGUUUGCUUCUCUUAGGCAGAAGUUAAUUCGUAGCAAGUAG